AUGCCUACCAUACAACCCCAGACAACACCAGCGCCCCAGUCUCCCCUCGUCGCCAUGUCUCCCGCCGUCGCUCCUCCAAGCGAGGAGCAGUCCCACUUCAAGCUCCCCAAACUACGGCUUGAAGUGCGUGACCUCUCACACAAGGGGUCCUCCAUCUUCCUGUCCACAACGAACGCAGUGGACGUCCUACAGAAGGCAUGCCAGUCCGUGCUCAAGCUGCUCUACCUGUCCCCUCACGACUCGACGACGAGCGCUCCCCCCACACGCUCCGUGACGUUGAUAUUGAGGGACAUGCCAGGCGUAGCAUACACGACCGGCACGGAGCUGGACAAUGACCACAAGGAGAUCCACCUCUCCCUGCGCUACAUAACGUCUAUCAGCCCCGAGACCCGUCAGGCCAAGGAGAUUGAGGGCGUCAUCACGCACGAGCUGGUACACUGCUUCCAGCACAAUGGCCACGGUACGUGCCCGGGGGGGCUGAUAGAAGGGGUCGCCGACUGGGUCCGUCUACGGUGCGAUCUCAGCCCGCCUCACUGGAAGAGGGACGGCAGUGGAAAAUGGGACGCAGGGUACCAGCACACCGGCUACUUUCUCGAGUACCUCGAGCAGCGAUUUGGCCAAGGCACUGUGCGUCGACUUAAUGAGAAGCUGCGCCUGAUACGGUACGAGGAAAAGGCUUUCUGGACCGAGCUUGUAGGGCGGCCGGUCGUGGAUCUCUGGGAGGAUUACGUCAGGUCGUUGGAAAAUGGUAAGCAUUCUGAGACCAGCCCACAGUGA